UCCACCCCAGCCCAUCACGCAAACGACAGCGCUCAUCGUCACCAACCUCAACCUCUUCAUACCCAGCACUCGGCGCAUUACCACCAGCCAUCACCACCAUGCUCUCGCACGCAUCCGCACCAGCUGCGCCAGACUACCACUUCCUCACGACCCCAUUCAAGGUCGCCGCGGCGACACACGCGCCUCGCCUCAGCUCAUCCCCAACCACCAUCCAGGUCCUGUUCACCACCACCAGCUGGGACCAGGCGCCGGUCAUCUCCUCGUCGCCUGUUCCCCUGGCGCCCAGCAUCGUGACCACGGAGCGCGAGUUCAAGGGGGAUGCGAUGCGGGGCUUCGCGACGGCCACCUACGUUAUGACACAGCUUUCGAGCGGUGAUGGCGAGGACGGAGAUCCCAGCGGCGUGUUUACCGGCACCAUGGUGUUCGAGGGCGCAAUCCUCGGGCGGAAGGGCGCAGUGGCGCUGCAUACGCGUGGGUCGUACGACGGCGACAGCGUCGAGGCGAGAUGGACGAUCGUGUCGGAGAGCGCAAGCGGCGAGCUCGAGGGCAUCAUUGGCCACGGGUCGUAUGCGAUCGCCGAUGCGACGGCGUCUCGCGACGGCGGCGACGAGGUCGAGGGCGAGCUCGUCCUCUCGUUCCCAUAGACACGAAGCCAAGCCGCGCCCAUCGGGCUUGCCGCAGCAGGCCCGCGGGAAACCCGUCGUUUCGGUUAUGUAGCACCACCCACCCACCCCACAUCACAUGCACACCCAGCACGCACGCAGCAC